AUGCCUGGAAUUCUACCUAUGAAGGUGAUCAAGGUGGGCACCAGCUCGCAGAGCCGCAUCGCCCAAGCCUGUGAUAGGUGUCGAAGUAAGAAGAUUCGUUGCGAUGGCAUCCGGCCAUGCUGCUCGCAGUGUGCCAACGUCGGAUUCGAAUGUCGCACUAGCGACAAGCUAAGUCGCCGUGCAUUUCCUCGAGGUUAUACAGAAUCGCUAGAAGAAAGAGUGAGACAGCUGGAAUCCGAAGUGAGGGAACUGAAGGAUUUGCUAGAUGAGAAAGACGAAAAGAUCGAUAUGUUAUCAAAAAUGCAUGAUCAUCGCCAACCUUCUAUGGGAGUCGGCGGAAGCCCGAGAGUGCCGGAACAGAGAAAGGACCCUAACCCGCCAUCGAAAGAAGAUACUUUCCGUGUACAGGCCUCUCCAUUAUUACUCGGCGUCGAGAAUUCCGAUUCAUAUUUCAUGGGGCCUUCAAGCGGGCGCGGUUUUAUUGAAUCUUUUAAGCGUAAACUCCAAGAAAACGGAAAGCCAUGUUCUGACUUCAAUCCUGAGGCUUUCCUUCACAUCCAGGGGUGCUAUGAUCUGCUUGCUAAACCUCUUUCUCAGUCCAUGAGAGUACCGCCUCGCCUAUUUUCGGACAGAUGCGUAAAUGUUUAUUUCCAGGAGUGGGCACCACUAUUUCCUGUGCUUCACAAACCGACGUUUCUGCGGUUAUACGAAGAAUUUGUUGCCGAUUCGGAGAAGAUAAAGACUAACCAUAAGAUCGCGCAGCUUUACCUUGUCUUCAGUAUCGCUGCCCUCUCAAGUGAUAAUCCAGACGCAGAGCAGAUUACCGCCUGCGAAGCCCAGUGGCAAAGGGCUCUCGACGCAAUCAUCAUGGACAACACGAUGAUUACACUGCAGUGCUUAGUAUUGGCUCUGAUGUAUUGCACUAUCAGAGCCGAUUACAAGCGAUUACAGCAUUACAAAGGUGUCGCCGUUGGCCUAUCUCACAGAUUAGGGUUACAUCAAAGUCAGAAAAGAUUCUCAUUCGGCGCUCUCACGAUCGAGACACGAAAGAAAGUUUUCUGGACGCUGUAUACCCUCGAUUGCUUUUCUGCUGCCAUGCUAGGCCUUCCUAAGCUGCUGAAAGAAGACGACAUCCACGCCGAGUAUCCGUCAGAUACCGACGAUGAAUACGUUACAGAAAAGGGAUUUCAACCCACACUACCGGGAGAGUACACGAGAUUAUCAAGCGCCUUAGCAUUAUUCAGAGUUUCCCGCAUUCUUGCCCGCGUUCUCGAAAAGAUUUAUCCAGCUGCCACAUCUUACGAAUUAUCGUUACAACAAAUUUCAGCACUGGAUGCAGAUCUCUCAGAGUGGUAUGAGAAUUUACCUACUCACCUCCGACUGAAUUUUGUCCAAGACAAGCCGUCGACCGAUAUUACAGGUAGUAGAUCUCCGAUCCUGGCAUUGGCAUACUACUACGUAAGGGGACUUAUUCAUCGCCCUGCAGUGGGCUCUACCUUGGGGGUCAAAGCUGCGUCAGCUCUUAUCACGGUCGGAGAGUCCAGCAAGCACAUUGUGCAGAUCAUUGAAUUGUUAGAGGAGAGAAGUAUGUCUUUCUCAUUCUGCCUAAAUAAGACAGAUGUUUUGGUUUUAUGCGGGACAAGCUUGCUUUACCAAAGCUUGGACUUGAAGCACGAUAGCAAGCUUAUGAAAGACGUUGAACGACUGGUCAACAGCGUUCUUAAGAUGUUACUAAAAACGGAAGCACCUGGCUCUUACGACUUAAAACGAGUUGCGUCGACACUUAUUACUAUUGAUGUGCCAUCCCAAUCCCCGUCGAUGCGAACCAGCCCCGAUACACUUAUGGGGGCUCCCCCACCGAGGACAUCCCCAGUAAUGAACGUCUCGAGGAAGAAAUCACCUUAUAGUGCCGGCCGACUUGCUGGCGCGACUAUGAGCGAGACAGACCUGAUAUCUCAGCAAGAAAAAUUACGCCGUAUGACUAUUCCCUAUGCGCAAAAACCUCGAGCAGAAAUUCAUCGUGCACAAUCACGUGGAUCACUUGAUAUGAGUAUGGAACGGGAAACGCACCGACGCGAUCACCGAUUGUCGAUAUCCCAACUCCAGCAAACGAUGAUGCGCAUAUCUCCGAGUCGCAAGCAUCAGUGGUUCGCCGAUGCGUCGGCCGAGACACAAUCUUCACCGAAUCAAACCCGAAACGCUUUACAGCAAUUGGCUCAUGGGCAACAACAACAACAACAACGGUCCCAGCCAUACAAUCCAGGCCAAGCAGUUAGCAAAGGUGGUUCGAGCGAGGUUACGUCAAUGUUAGAGUGGGAAGCGUUGCUCGGCGCGAUCGACGGAGGUCAGAACAAUGUGUACGACGCGAUAUAUGGAGGACCAGCCUUAUCACUUACAGAGACACCGACGAGUGCGGCUGUCAUGGGUGAAUGGUCGCCAGAGUCAUGGGACCUCUCUAUUUUCAACCCUGGUGAAUUAACGACCAACCCCGGACCGCCCCAGAGUGUACCCAGCCUUAGCGACGAGAGUCUUAGUUCCGGGGACGACCUCGCGUCGAGUGAGCUGUACCUCGGGACUGGAAGCGAGGACUACCAAAACGUGCUGAUGCCGCCGCCGCGGGCAAAUCAUGACCGGAUAAUUUUGGACGGCGUUGAGUUGAGUUCAAGGAUCUAG